AUGGAUCAUGGGGUGCCGGAAGACAUGAUGCCGAGCAACAUGGGCUCAGGGGUGUUGCUUGGGUUGGACAUGUCGCUGCAUCCGCACCAACAGCAGAUGCAACAGCAGCCGAAGCUUCAUCACCAGCUGGCGCAGCAGCCAGCGCAGCAGCCAGCGCACCAGAUGCUUCAUUUCCAGUCCGCCGGCGACGUAGCAGAGCAUCGCCCAUUAGGCCGUCGCGGUCAAUACUUGUCCCCGUUCGCGCGGGACAAGCAGCAGCCCCCUGCGCAGACGCAACAGCAGCACGUGUUGAGCUCCGAGGAGGAGCCCGGGUACGGCGAGGCUGAACCGGCGGACGACCCGGCGGCACGGCGAUCGCUGACUCAACAGCCACCGCCGGCGUCGCUGUGGCAGAGGAUGAAAUGGACGGACAGUAUGGUGAGAUUGCUCGUCCAGGUGGUGUAUCGCGUCGGCGACGAUGGCGGCGCUGGAGCUGAGAGCGAGCAGCAGCAAAUGGUGGCGGGUAAGGGGAAGAGUAAGGCGGGGACGGCGGCGGCACUGCUGCAGAAGAAGGGGAAGUGGAAGUCGGUGUCUCGGGAGAUGAUGGAGAAAGGGUUUUCGGUGUCGCCGCAGCAGUGUGAGGACAAGUUCAACGACCUCAACAAACGAUACAAGCGGGUGAACGACUUGCUCGGAAAGGGCACGGCCUGCCGCGUUGUGGAGAACCAGGCUCUGCUCGACACCAUGGACCACCUAUCGCCGAAGGCCAAAGAGGAGGCGCGGAAGCUCCUAAAUUCCAAGCACCUCUUCUUUCGCGAAAUGUGCGCCUACCACCACGCCGGAGGCGGUGGCUCCUGCACCGCUGCGGCCAGCGCCCCGCCGCCACCGUCUCAGCAGGUGCCCCCGCCGCCGCAUCAGGAUCCUCAGCAGCGACAUCUCUGUUUCCAUCACCCUCAAGGAAGCCGCUCCGACGGGACCGGCGUGGUCGCUAGCCGAGCCUUGGCCGUGCCGACAGCCACCGACGAAGAGGGGAUGAUGAUGGGCGACGAAGUGGACGACGACGAUGACGUCGACAGCGAGGACGAGGACGGCUUUGACGUCGAAGACGACGAGGACGAUGAGGAUUUGGGAGACGGCAACAACCACAAGCGCCGUCACCACCCGCACAAGCACGACGAGGGGGAGGACGAGGACAGUAAAGAGCUCGUGGCGCCGGGAAAGAAGCAGAGGAGGGCGUCGUCCCAGAUGUCAGGGUCGCCUCCUCUUACCCUGACCCUCUCGUCGCAGUCCGGCACAAUGCAGCAGCUGCGGUCGGAGCUGAUGGCGGCCAUGUCAACGGCCGGCGGAGGCGAACAGCAUCAGUGGCUGCGGAAGAAGGCCGCGGAGUUGGAGGAGCAGCGGGUGGCGUUCCAGUGCCGCGCCUUCCAGCUCGAGCGGCAGCGAUUCAAGUGGCUCCGCUUCUGCACCAACAAAGAGCGCGAGAUGGAGCGCACGAAGCUGGAAAACGAGCGCCUAUGCCUCGAAAACGACCGCAUGCUGCUGCUUCUCCGGCAAAAGGAGCUCGAGCUGAUGCAAGGGGGCUGCGGCACGGCCAAUGCCGAUCACCCUUCUUCCUCCACCGCCUAA